AUGACAUCCGACCAGACGAGGAACAGCGAAAGCACCUCAACAACAGCGCAACACUUCACCAUGAAGACUACAUCAAGGUCGCAGAUGAGCCCGCCUCAUACUGCCCACUCUCACCACUCGCGUCACUCUCAAGUAAACGCACAAUCAUUCCGCGCAAACCAUCGAUCUACGACACCUUUGGCCUCACCCCGGAUGGCCCAUUCUGUCGGGCAACCCUACCCUCCUCCCUCCAAGUUGUCUCCGGCGGUUGUUUCCGAUGUUCGUACACCGAGCCCCAACUACUUUGGUCUCAGCAUCGAUCCUUCCUCGGAGCGCGAGUCGGCAAACGUUCCUCGCGACAAUUGGAGCCCACCAACCUCGUCGGUCAAGUCGUUCGCCGCCGCAAUUCCCAAGCAGCUCCCUCUCGAUGGCAAUCCCGAGUAUGAGGCGUUCAGACGCCAGGCGGAUGCUAAUCGGACACGAGGCUUCAAUCUGGGUUCCUCUCACUUUGCCAUGCAACCACCAUCUUCGCUCAGGCCUGUACCGGCGCGCAGACCGACGAAUCAGAGCGAGAAUGCCUCGGAGGCGUCUCUCACGAGACCAGCAAUGGUCAAAGCUGGUAGCAGCCGUAUGGAUAUCGACUCCAACAGCUUGCACGACUCUGCUUACGUCUCGUCGGACUCCAAGAGGAACUCAGAAGUUUCUCUGAAUGCCUCCUCCUUCUUUGAUAUGCCCAGGCACGAGUCCCCGGCGCAGAGUGAAUCUCCUUUUCAACCGAUCAGACGAUCGAAUCUAUCCAAGGUGGAGGACGCCCACCCACGUCUGUCGUUGCCGCAGAAUAAGAUUGAUCUGCCAAAACCUCACAUAUCCACAACACGCUCGGAGACGUUGCCACCGACAUUGGAAGGUGGCCCAGGCUUGAUCAUGCCAGCGCAGUUGGCUGAAAUUAUUGAGAAAAAACCAGCGGAUCAAUUUCUAGUCCUUGACGUGAGAGUCUCGACGCAUUAUGCUCAAUCUCGCAUCAAGGGCGCUCUCAAUUUAUGCAUACCGACCACUCUGCUCAAGAGGGCCACAUUCAACCUUGAGAAGCUUCAGUCGACUCUCCAGACCGAAGAGGAUCAGGAAAGAUUCUCUCAAUGGCAGGAGGUCAAGCAUCUAAUUGUAUACGACGCCUCAUCUGGCGAGAAGAGAGAUGCGCAUUCUGCUAUGAAUAUGUUCAAGAAGUUCUCGAAUGAGGGUUACUCUGGGAAAUCCUAUCUGCUUAGAGGGGGUUUCGAGGCCUUUUCCGCGUCGUUCCCGUCAUUGAUCGACACCAGAUCUGGUGCCGAGCGUGCGGGCACAUCCGCAAAUUCUGCCAAUGGAGGUCGACCAACUUUUGCCCCCGUCAUUGGAGGAGUUACGCUUCCUUCGGGCGGAAACAACCCUAACCCGUUUUUCAGCAACAUCAGGCAGAAUAUGGACCUAGCAGAUGGCGUGGGACAAAUGGAUGUCGCGGUUCCACCCAACCUGAAUUCAAAUUCUUUGCCUGCGUGGCUCCAAGCAGCAUCAGCGAAGGAAGACCGCGGCAAGACAGUGUCCGAAAAAUUCUUGAAGAUUGAAAGGAACGAGCAAUCUCGAAUGAGAGAUGCCUAUUCCGCUUUCGGGUCGUCUACACCGCGGAAAGCUGCAGCAGGCAAGAUCAUCUUGUCUGGGGUCGAGAAAGGAGUAAAGAACCGAUACAAAGACAUUCUCCCGUUCGAACAUGCACGGGUUCAUCUUGCCGACAAGUCUCCUAACGAUUGCGACUACAUCAACGCCAGUCAUAUUCAGGCCAGCUCGCGAAGCAACAAGCGGUAUAUCGCAUCCCAGGGGCCUUUACCCGCUACAUUCGACGACUUCUGGUCGGUCAUCUGGGAUCAAGAUGUUCGCGUAAUUGUCAUGCUGACAGCGGAGUCCGAGGGCGGUACUCUCAAGUGCCACCCGUACUGGACCGGCCGGGAAUUUGGACCGAUCAAACUGAAGUCUUUAUCGGAGAAGAAAGUUUCGCUGGAUAUUGACAAACACCGUGCAACCUCAACUGCAGCAGGGUCCAGCGCGUCGUACACAUCCGAGCACAGUCGCCGCCGCGCCAACACCACCACAACACUGGAAUCCUCGACACCAACGCCACAGCCUUUGCAGAGUCAAUCUGAGACUCCCUAUGUGAUCAUUCGCAAAUUUGCUAUGUCGCACAACGGCAACCCGUUUGCUCCCAUACGCGAAAUCACUCAGCUCCAUUACCCUUCGUGGCCUGAUUUCGGCGCCCCUGCACAGCCGUCGCAUCUACUGGCAUUGGUAGAGCUUGCCAACGUGAUGCAACGAUCCGCCUUGCCGAUUGACGCGAAUGCCAUCGCAGCUUCUGCGUUGACAGAUGCAGCGGUGCAACUCAACUGGUACGAUGAGCCCGAGCACUCAGCACAAGCUAGGCCUAUGUUGGUUCAUUGCUCGGCUGGUUGCGGCCGUACUGGCACAUUCUGCACAGUUGACAGUGUCAUCGACAUGCUCAAGCGGCAGAGGAUGACUGCUUUAAAGGCACGGAAACAGGACUCGGACGGAGAUGUUGACAUGGAGGAUCCUGUAUCGCCUUUGACAACAAUCAAGGAUCCAUUGGCAGCCCAAGGAACGAGCCGGGGAGGGAGCAAGGAUGGUGUCGCCAAGCCUACCCUGGACAGAAACGCAAGUGAUUGUAGCGUUGAUAUCAGUUGGGUCGGCGACAGCUCGCUUGACUUGAUUGAGAAAACAGUCGAAGAGUUCAGGGGGCAGAGGUUGAGCAUGGUGCAAAGUCUCCGACAAUUUGUGCUCUGUUACGAGACAAUCUUGGAAUGGGCUUGGAGGCUGGAGGACCGCAAGAGUCCUGCCACGGCGACGAAAGGAAGAGCCAGAAGCGGCAGUUUGGAGCCAUUUACGAGGUGA